GGACUUACUACUAAAGAAAAAAAGAAGAGGGGGGAAGCUACGGAGAAGGGCGGAAGCGUGAGAGUGAAAUACGGGUGGAAGACCACAGAACGGACGCACAGGCUCGAUACUUGCAGCAUGAUCCAAAGCAGAUAAUACUAUGGGUUCUAACAGAUUGUCCGCAAGGGAGCUGUGUGAAAAUGAUGACUUGGCCACUAGUUUGGUGCUUGAUCCAUACCUAGGAUUCAGAACACACAAAAUGAACGUAAGUCCUUUGCCUUCUAUAAGGAGACGGCAUCACUUACGGGAGGCGCUGCAUACAUUCCGAAAGAAGAAGGACUUGGAGGCAGCCUUCCAUUCGCUCGUAACUGGGGCUAACCAUUACCUCAAACACCGGACCCCGCAGCAGGAAGCCAUGCUAAAGACACAUAUAUUCCGAUAUCUGCGAAUGUUUCUACCAGAAUGUGGCUUCAUGAUCAAAUCUUGCAAUCGGUACUCCUUGGAAACAAAUGGAGCCAAAGUUGUUGCUACAAAACCUUGGGUGAAGAAUGAAAAAAUAGCAUUACUUGUAGGCUGCAUAGCUGAGCUGACCAAAGCUGAUGAGAGUCUUCUUCGCUUUGGUGAAAACGACUUUAGUGUCAUGUACUCUACUAGAAAGAGAUGUGCUCAGCUUUGGCUUGGUCCUGCAGCAUUCAUUAAUCAUGACUGCCGACCUAACUGCAAGUUUGUUCCAGCUGAUGGAAACGCAGCUUGUGUGAAAGUUCUCAGGGACAUCAAACCAGAGGAAGAAAUCACAUGCUUCUAUGGAGACAGUUUUUUUGGGGAGAAAAAUGAGAUGUGUGAGUGCUGCACUUGUGAGAGAAAAGGAGAAGGAGCUUUCCGGUUGCAAAAAAAAGAACCUUCUGAAUCUACCUCAUUGGAGAAAUACCAGUUCAGAGAGACAGAUGGCCGUCUGCAAAGGCUGAUCGUUCAAAGUGACAGACAAAGCCACAAUGGCGCUUCUAGGAAGAAGAAGCGGAUCUCUACCUCCAGGUCAUCCAUCGGUCUCAAAAAGAACACUUUUUCCUCAAGUCUCAGGUCAUCGUCUUCAUCUCCAUAUUUCCGCACUAAUUUUUAUAAUAAAUCGAAACCUCUUAAAACGAUGAAGCCUACAUUGCCCCAAGGGACCAUUGUAAAGGAUGUGCGUAUUGUCCUACAUGACUUCAGAAAUUGUCGUCCAGGAUACCCAGUUUCAGGGACACAAGGUCAUAGCCAGUGUUGUAAACUUGGAAAGGAAGUAGCAGUAAGACUCAGAAGACAAAAUAUCAGUCCUGGCAAGAUUUUAUUAGGUGCAGGCUUGCGCACAGUCCAACAACCAGAUAACUGUUCAUCUCCGUCAUCUCAGCCAGUAAGAAAAGUUGCUUUGGUUAACAAUGUAAAAGAUUGUUCUUUGAAUCACGUGUCUUGUAAUGAAGAUCAUUCAGAAGAGGAACUUUUAGUGGAACAAUAUGAGAGCACCCCAACCUGCAGUGGUCCGCAAUCUAGCACACAGAUAACCAAUGCUGUUGCCUCCCAAGUGGUGGAGAACCUUGCAUCAAGUCCCGUAGAGUCUCACAACAGUCAGAGCCUUGAUGUUGAUCCCUCUAUGGGUCAUCUACAUCCUAAUGCUGUUGUGUCCCCUGUAGCCUGUAAUAGAUCACCUUCAGAAAUGUUGUUACACAUCCAGGAGGCAGAGGACAUCUCGCCAGCGGCUUCUGUACCUGAAAAUACAGCAAGUGUCAAUAACAGUCCUGGCUCCUUCAUAAUUCAGUCUGAUCUCUUUUCAACUCAAAAGCACGGACUGACUCAUUAUAUCACUGUAAAUCUGAGCAAAUCAAGAGUUGCGUUACCUGACAACAUGAGUACGGCAAGCCCACACAAGUCCAAAAGGAAACCUAGUUCUGGAAGCACAUAUGAACAGCUAAAAACGAAAACAACCACAUUGGUUACUUCUGCACACAGUACUCCUAUUAAUCAAGCCAGUAAAAAUGGGGCAUCAAAACCCCUAACUAGGUCAUAUGCAAGUAAGGCAUCGUCAUUAGGAUCCACACCAGAGGAUUUCAAGGAUAAGAAAAGCCUCCUCACACCACAGAAGGUACACUUAAAUAGUCAUUCAAGAGCUGCAAAUGAAGCUGCAAAUGCUAGACCUCAGAAACGUCUGUCUGCUCCGCACAAGCUGUUCACUGUCGAAAUGCAGUUAGAUCCUAAGUUAUCUUUAAAGCCAUAUGUAGAACUGGGUUUUAACAAUGAUCUCAAAAGGAGGUAUUCUGUUACAGGAGCACACGAGUGCCUGACGCCAUUCAGAGAGGGGACACUGGAUACCUUGUAUACCUCACAGGCAUCUGAAUUCUUGACUAGUGAGGACAAGAAGAAAAACGUGGCUUUCAAUCCCUUUAAACCCUCCAAAAGACUCCGCCUUGUAGUCACCAAUGGAUCUAUCAAUCUGGACAUUGCGUCCACGUCAAGUGAUGAAUCCAACUGAGUGUCCGCCCAUUGUCUACAUCAUUCCCUUCUUGCGUUAAUGAUUCCAAAGCAUUGCUUAGAUGGUGGAAUAAAGUUUGAGGGUACCAUGGGCCCCCCUUCUAGAUUUUAUUUUUACUAGUAGCGACUUGCGCUCUCCUGAGUGAUUUACACACCAGUUUGCCUUAGUCUCCAAAGCAGGUGGAAUCUAAAGUUCCCGAAGAUCCGUCGUUACCACAAUUCUAAAAGUGAAUCCUUUUGCUGUUCAUCAUGAAACCUGUUUCUUUCCAGAUUAUUCUGAUUUUAGUCAGGUAUUAUGCACUCCCAUCAGUUUCUGUACGUUAAUAUUUAUGGUGCUAUGUCAUUAUCGGAAAAGUAUUUUCCCUUCAGGAUCCAGAAGAUAUUUUUUUUUUUUAUAAUUAUUUUGCCACUGAUCGGUUUUGUAUGUCAUUACCUGAAACAUUUCUGUAUUGUAUAAGGCAUUGUUUGUAGUACAAAAUGAGAAUACACAGAAACCUUUGCUGCUUCUUA